GGCGCGCGAGCCGGAGUGUCCCGAGCCGGAGCGGCCCUGGGAUCGGCCCUGGGAGCGAACCUGGGAUCGGCCCUGGGAGCGAGAGCGGCGCCCCGGACCCGAUCCCUUCCGUGCAGCCACGCCGGGCGCGGGCGCUUCUGCGCGUCCUGAGUGCGGUGUAGCCUCUGGAGAAGCUGCUGUGCGUGCUGAGUGCUGCUUGGUGUCCGCGGGUGUUGCUACAGCUUUCCGAUGGGGGUAGAAACAGCUGUCAAAAGAUACGAAACGAGGAAUAAGACAGCCGGGACAGGACUGGCGUCACCCAGGUCCCGAGUGGAUUGGAGACGCACUAGAAGGGCGCUGAUACUGCUUGACAGCAGUGACGAAUCCUCAGCCACCUCUGAGGAGGAGGAGGAGGAGGAGUCUGCCACAUCCGAAAGUGAAAUAAGUGAAGAAGACCCGACGGCUGUGGAGGGCAGUGCCGCAGAUCUGGGGGAGAAAGACCGCCGUGGGGAAGUAGCAGAGGAUGGUGACGAUGAGCGCGUUGUGCCUGGCAGGCGUAAGAGGUUGAGCACCUCUGUCAUGUAUGACAGCGAUGAAAGCGAGGGCAGCGACAUACUUGUUAGAAAGGUUUCUGCCAAACGCCGCUGUAUAAUGGAUGACGAUGAGAGUUCUGAAGAACAGCAGCCUGAGAAAACGUGCCCUGCAGAGAAUGUUUCUACUAGUAGGAAACAGAAAGUGCUUGCAAAAUUGAAAGAACUUGUAAGACAAAGUGCAGUUCGGAGAUCCUGCAGCAGUGCAAAUUGUGAGGAUUCUAAUAGUGAAGCAGCAAUGGAGGAGGAACCAUUCUGUCAGUUGCCCCUCACACCAUCAGAAGGCAGUGAAACUGAUGGUGACAGCCUGAAAGAUUUUGUAGUAGAGGCAGAGGAAGACGAUGAUGGUGAUGACAUUGAAAACACAGAGCAUGUGAAGAAUGAGAAUCAGCCACAUCAAAAGCAACGAAAUCCAUCAAACAGCGAGCUGCUGGCACACUACAUCCCACAGUUAUCUCGCUGUGAUCAUUAUGAACACUUCAAAAGAAUAGUAAAGGCUUUCCUCAUAAAUGCAAUUGAUGACACUUUUCUGAGCUCAUUAUAUGAUGGAACAAGACGAAAGAAAUAUGCACAAGAUAUGCUGCUCUCACUUCAUUAUUUGGAUGACCGCUUCAUUCAGCCUCGUCUUGAGAACUUAAUCUGUAGAAGUCGCUGGAAGGAUCGAUACAAGGAGCGUGUGGAUUGUUACCCAGAUGUUCGCAUAAGCUUGCAAAAUGCAGAAAAUAUGUCUUGUCAGGCCUGUGAACUGAAGCGGUGGUGUAAGUUCAAUGUGUUGCUCUCUGGAAGGCUUUAUGAUAGUAAAACUUUGGAUGUGGAUGACUUCAUGUCAGGUGAUAAACAGGUGAAGUUUGUUCAGCAUUGGGUCGCUAAGUUUACUAAUUCUGUGCCUGCUCUGCCUCUAGCCCUUGGAAGGUCCACGUGCACGCCAACAGUUCUUGUUUGCUCUAGGUUCAAACACUGAGUGAAACAGUGCAAUGGUCAUUCUAGCAGUCCAAGUGUGACCUUGUCAAAAUUUAUUGCUUCAUUCUUCAGAUUUUUCCCACAUGUGCUAUUUGCCACGUAGCUAUUCACUCAGGACAAAUUAUCUUGGCAUCUCAGAUGCAUUUACAUUUGCUGAUCUCCUUUCAAGAAAACUUGUUCCUAGCUACAUCAAUACAUUUUAUUAGAGCCUUUUCCCCACUACUGCAUUAUCAGAAUUACUUAUCCAAACUAGGGAACACUUCCAUUUAGGUAGUCUUGCAUCUAUUUCUCCCUCAGUUGUCACUUCUAGAACAUAUUGGAUUAGAUUUUUUUAACUAAAAGGCAUCUUUCAUGUUCUUACAUAAUGUUCCAUUAGGCAGUCAUUUUAGGUGAUUUAAGAAGUCAUCUAAAAUAAUUUAAUAAUAGCCUAAUACAAUUUUAUUUCACAGCUGAGCCUUUUGAAAACUUUGACUCUCAAGAACCUGGGUGUUUCUAACAUUUAGAGAUUUUCCCCUCAAAAUUACAGCUACACAUAAUUGUUAUGAUUAGGUGUGCAUAUAACCUUCAGUAAUGCAAUUCAUGACCUCUUGCGAUAAAUUCAAAGCACUUGAUUUGUCAAAAAUAAAAUAUUGCUACAGUUGUUUUACCAAGCUGAUACCGAAGUUCUGCCUUUCUUCCCUUUCAGGAGACACAGAUGGUAUUUUAUUUGUGAGUGUAAAGAAUUUUUGAGCACAGCUGAAGUUUCUCACAGUCUUUGUUGAAAAUAAAGUUUCAGAACCAGGGUUUUUUAAAGUAUAUUUGGUAAUAAGGUAUAAUAGGAUUUCUUAAGUAAAAAUAAAGUGAAGCCCUUGUCAAACAGGAAGUAUACCUUACUGAAGCUCAAACCUGUAUUGUUUGGGUGUUUGCAAAUUCUUUAACUUACAGUUUUGAGAGCUGUCACCAUGAUUAGCAUUUUGUCCUCAUGCAUCAUACAUGUAAUGUAGGAGCUUGGAAAUCUGUGACAGAGUUUUUCUUAUAUUACAGACCCUUCUGAGCAGCAGUUGCUGAUAUUCUGAUUUGAAAAGUAUGUAUGUGCAUGAUAGUCAAGAAAGCUAGGCUUUUCCAGCAACACUUUUCCCCUUUUUAAUCCUGUUUAUUGGAGGAAAAUAGUAAGUCCUCUGCAAUCAUCCCAGCACUGAUACUGCAAUCUGUCAUAGGCAUUCUUCCUUACAUACAGAUCACUAAUUUAAAAAUACUCCGUUUUUCAUGGAGAGCACGUGCCUUACCUAACCAGAAAUAAUUAGUGAACUAGCACAAGAAUUUAAUCUUUAUCUAACUUUCAGCUUCACUGUGGAAAUAACAGUAGCAGUUCCCUCACUGCUGACCAAAUGUUGUCUUGCAUAAAGUGUUGGCUAUUUUUCACUUUGGAAAAAACUUGAAGUAUCCUAUGGAAUACUGAACUAACUUGCUAGUUCAUUUUGGUCCUCUUCGGCUUAGCACUACAAAAUGAGAGCUUUUUUUACCCUGUGUACACCAGCAUCUGGGGACGUCUGCUAUGUCCCUGCUCAGUAUAGCUCAGUGGCUGUUAAGGAGGCUCAGGAGAGAGAGUAAUUGAGCACUUUCCAGUCAUUUUUGAUAGUGUCUUGUAAUGCAACAUUUGUGUUCUUAUGGUGACCUGCAGUUUAGACUGCUAAAAGUACUGUUCUCAAGGUGUCUUUAAAGCUCUGCUGGCAAUGCACUGAGCAACUUGUCCUGCCAAUUUAGAAAAAAAAAUAAAAGAAAAAGAGGCUCAAAGAGCUACAUAAAACUGCCAUUCCACAAGCCUAAUUGACUGAUAGAGAAGGCAGUUCAGCACUGACAGAUCAAAUUGAACAGAAACACAUAGUUGGACUAUUUUCUAUAGAUUUGUUUGAAAAUACUCAAGAAAAGUGGAUGUGAGGAGAACAAAAACAGACCUCCAACCUCCUUCUUCUGCAUAAAACUUUCCUUUUCUCUCAUCUCUGAAGUAUUCUGCUUUGCUGGUAGAAAGAGAAGAGAAACAGCUGUUCCAAUUUUGCUUAGGCUUGCAGUGAUUGUUCACUGUUUAGGUGCCAAUUCUUAUUUCCCCUGAUCAGGGAAAAUCACAAGGUUUAGAGGUGUAAGUGUCCUCCACACUUCCUUGCUCCUUGUGUCACCUGGAUUAUAAACUGUUUUCUACUCUCAGACUUGGUGUUCUGUUUAUAAACAUGCUUAGAAGACAUGGAUUCAGUCACUACAUAUUGAGCUAUUGUCCAACCAUGCUCCUGCAUUCCAUACAAAGUAAUUUAACACAACUUUGGCUGAUAGGGCCAGCUUGAGUAGAUAAGUUAAGCAUUAACACAGAAGGACUGUGGACUGUGAGGGGAAAAAAUUAGAGUACAGUACUGAGAUUCUUUCCAAAGCUGCAUUCUGAAAUAGCAUUGUAUUUUUAGACUAUCUUUCUUGCUUAAAAACACAAUACAUAGUUACAUUUAUAUGAUAUUUAGCUAUUUGCCUUUGGCAUUUCUCCACGUCGCACAUAAAUAAGCUAUGAAACUCACUGCCACAGGAUAUUUUGGAAGGGAAAAAUAGUAUUGGGUCCCAAAAUGAAUUAGGUCUUUCAUUCCCAAAAUGAAUGAAACCUUCCCCAGGUUCUUGGGGAAGGUUCUUUCACACUAUGGAACAUGGUAUUUGGGAUGAUACAGACGAUCUUAACUCUUGACUGCCAGAAAAUGUGCAGUAGUCUUGUGAUCAUUCUAAUGUUUGUGCUGUGUCUUACACUAACUUCCUACAUGUCUCCUGCUAGCUGUUGUCACAGGGGAGAAAACUGGGCCAUCAGUUUGAUGUAAGAUGGUAUCUCCUAUUUUAUAUCACAUAAUGUUCCAAAUACCACACCUCAUUGCUGGGGAUACUUGAAAAGUUGUGCAAUGCCCUACGAAACACUGCAGCUCAGUUCUUCAUUGCUGCAGUAUUUGAAAUUGUGCUUCUGGAAAUUUGAAUAUAUCAAGGCUCAACAUUAGUGGAAAGGUCCUGCAUUUCAAAAGCACCUGCAGCACCAAACACAAGCCUUAGUUUUUCAGUUUUGGGGAUACUAAAAAACGGAGUUCUAUAUAGGCAGAACAUUUACAUGAUCAGUAGAGACUUGAAAUAUAGUAAUAGGCAUUUUUAUCUUAAAAUGUUUAAAAUUUCAGUUAAUAACAAUUUACUGUAGGUCAGAUCAAAAGUUCUUUUAAGUGAGUUUUGACUUAACUGAUGCUAUGCUUGGUGAUAUCCACUGAGCUGCUGAUUAAUAUGUUUAAGAAAUUAAGAUAUAUUCAUAUAGUUAAGAGAACAUAUAACUAACACAUGUAAAUUCCAUUUACAUAAUCUUUAAAAAUACAUUUUUCUGUUACUUUCAUUGUCAGCAGAUAGAGCUGGUGCUAGGUUGCACAGGUAGGUCAGGUGUUCUGGAAAACUGCUCACAGAUGCAAACAUUUGGUCAUACAUUCAGGAAAGCUCCCUGAAAAUGUAGGUUUUAAGCAUUAAUUAAAGUUUAACUUUCUUGUAAUUUGAGAGUAUUUGGAUUAUUAGCAAUAAAAGGUAUCACUUUUGUGGCACAGAAGAAAUAGAUUUGCAACUUAAAAUGUAGUUGAUUCUUAUAUAUAUCUACGUGUAAUGUAAAACAACAAUGCAAUUGCAGCUAGCUUUCAUUACUAGUGAACUUUAGCCAUGUACAUACUUGUUAUGGAAAGGUGUGACAAGACAUCAGUCCAAAACAGGCAUAUUUUACCUGUUGUUUACCUAUAAAUACUGCUGUGAAAUAAGUCAGUUCCAUCUUUUCUGCAUGGAAAUCGUAGAAGUAAAACUGGUAAUAACUGGGAGAUGCAGGGGCUUUAUUUUCUGCACCAUCAUAGUUUAGCUAUUCUUCCCAGACAGUUGCAGAUUAAUGUUUGUAUUGUAUAAAGCUUCAAGUUCAGAUUUCAUUUUUUUGAAAUUCAGUCUCUCCAUUUAUUAAGUGCUGUGAGGUGUAUGUCUAUAUAUAUUUAUAUGUAUUUCUUGAAGAAAUAUUUAAUAUUAUUCAGUCUACAAAAUGUUAAAACUGGUAUUUCAUCUCCCUAGGAAGUACUUACACAUUAAGCAAAAGUAAGCAAAUAAAUCCUCUUCCUCUGCUUUCACAAUAUGAGGGUUGUCUAAAGUGGUGGUGAUUUUGUAACAAAGUUCCACCAGGAGAUAAGAAAGAUACAACCAAUUGCAAACAUGGUUGUGUUUGCAAGGAGACAGCACUGAUAAGCUGCCAUUGCUUUGACUUGCUGGCUGCCUGCUUGCUCAAAAAUCUUUCUGCUGUGGCUGUGAAAACUACAUGAGUUUGUGCUAAUUUUAUGCAUGUAGUGUCAUUCUAUUUAUUUCAUUAUUCCAAACAAUUUCCUGGACUGACUGAUUAAAUCUUACUAGAUUAGGCCACCAAUUCUGUAUAUUGUAAAGAUAAUCAUGGUUCUAUCCAAGGGAAUGAUUUGUUUGC